AUGCCCUAUGAGCCCCUUCCUUCACUCUUCCCAGGCACUCUUGAGGAGGAGGUGGAGGAGGAGGAAGUGGUCGCACCUCCUCCUAUGCCCUAUGUCCCUACCUCAGUACCCACCCCACCCCCUCCUACUGUGUACCCUCGUGUGGUUCCUCCUACCGCAUCCUCACCCCCCUUGGCUACCCCUCCUCCUCCUGUUAUUCCCUCUCCCCUUUCACCCUCCACCCCUCCUGCACCUGCCCCACCCUCCUCUUCGUCUUCCACGGCGCUGCCCGUUGGUGAGGGGGGGACAGUGGUGUCGCCGUCUGUGAUGAUCACCGACGGGCAGCGCCUUGUGACUGAGCAGCUGCAGGACGAGAGCAGCAUGGAUGGAGUGCAGCAGAGUGGGGGGCAGGAGACAGGGGAGCAGCAGACAGGGGAGCAGCAGAUUGGGGAGCAGCAGAUAGGGGAGGAGCAGAUUGGGGAGCAGCAGACAGGGGAGCCGCAGACAGGGGAGCAGGAGAUUAUGCUUGGGCUUUAG